UUCACAAUAUUACAUUUGUUCUAAAUUAAUUGAAAGCUUAAAAAACAUGUCAUUAACUCCAAAUCCUAAAGACGAGAACGUCUCAGAAGUUGAUCAGAAAAAUGUCGGAGUGAUAUCAAUGCAUGAAUUUCUGCAUUUCCUUAAGUUAAGUGUAAACGUGCACGAGACACUCGACAAGCCAUCAAAAAAUGCAAACUUUAAUUUUGAGAACCUUUCGAAAAAUGAUUUAGUCAACAAUCUGAUGCGGAAGUAUAAAAGCAUAGCUGAUUCAUCCUUCUGUAGCAAUACAAAAAUUGUUGAAGGUAGCAAAGAGGAUUUGAUAAUAAAAAGGAAGAGAUCAGCAAAGGGAGGCAAAAAUGUAUCCCUUAAGUCUAAAGUUGGUGAAAGCUGUGAUAAUCUAUUCCCGAAUCUUAAUCCAAAUUUAACAGAGAAAUUAGAUGAAGUGUUGGGACAAGGCAUUUUAGAUUCAUUACUUCCAUUCAUCUCACAGCAACAGCAACCAGUUUUACAGAACAAAAGUCAUGUCAUCACUCCGUCAUCACAACUGGCUAUCCAGCAAACUCAAAAUACCCAACAGAAUCCAAGCACAAGUGGUGUAAGUUUAGGAAAAAUUAAGCAAAUUCCACCAAAUCAAAAAUCAAUGAGCAGCAGUAGUGGCGAAAAGAAAUCCAAUUCUAUAGAGCAUAAUGGAAGCAUAAUAUUCAGUCAAAAGAGUUUAAGGAAGAAAUCACCGCUGGUUAUAGAUCAAACAACAAAAUCACUGAGUGAACCAGAAUUGACGAUUCACGUGUGCGAUGAAGUGAAGGGAGUCUCGCGUGACUUUACAUGCCCUCAAAAGCUAUUGAUAUCGAAAAUGGGAUAUUUUGCAGAUAUUACAAGCGGCCAACGACUCGAGGACAUGGAUAUAUCCGUACAUUGUGAUUUAGAUAUUUUUGAUUGGCUCAUAAAAUGGGUUAAAAAGGAAACGUUGGCAUCACAAGAUAAUUGGCCAAAAUUAAAUGCUUCCAAUGUGAUUCCUAUUCUAGUAUCAGCUAGCUUCCUUCAAAUGGAACCAUUACUACUUGACUGCCUUUCCUAUUGUCAUGCACACUUAUCGGAUGUCGUUAAAAUAUCACCAAAUUUGGGUUGCUUAAAUGACAACAUUAUAUCACGUCUUGCUGCCAUGUUCACAAACUUAGAGCUUGAAAUGGUUAAGGACAAAAAGGAUCGCAUUCAGCCACGCUUAUUUUGCAAAUUAAUACAAAGUUUAUGUGAAGUAGAGGCACAAUCGCUUCGUGGACAUUAUGCAAGUUUAGCAGGUCUAUUUCGAUGCAUUAAAUGUGGAAAGUAUGUGACACAAACGGUCUCAACUUAUGUCCAUUGCGUCUCUAGUAACAUGAAAUUAAAUCGAUGGGGACAAAUAAUAAGCUCACAUGUUCGUGACACGAAUUGGAGUCUCUCAAAUUAUGUCUCAAACUUGUACAAGGAACUGAGAAGUUGGCGAAAAACUUAUUGGAGAUUAUGGGCAACAUGUCACUUCCUAUAUUGUUCCAUUUGUGAGACUCACUUUCCAGCGUCUCAACUUCAGUGGUGCAUGUAUCAUCCUGAACCACCUCAAUUCUUAACUUCCGGAAAUCCAAAUGAAACUGGGAAGAUUGGUAGAUAUCCAUGCUGUGGAUUACAACUUGCUUAUAGAUUUGAAAGUGUUACAUCUCCAUUCAAUGGAUGUCAAUAUCGAGAACAUUGUGUUGUUGCUGAAAAUGACAGGGAUCGUGCAAUAUUGAAUCUCGUGAAUCAAGUGUCUGAGAAUAAUUUGUCAAUGUUUGAGUCACCGCCAACAUCGCGCACAUCAUCAGCAAGCAAUUCAAAUGAACCUUGGUGGAACGGAAUGUCGAUAUUAAAUAACAGAGUUCGUCAGGGAAUUUUGCCAUCAUUGCAUAUCGAAGGAGACAUACGCUUUAAUAACCGUAAAUUUAGAGUCCAGCAACCAAUUCAGCCAGAUUCAUCAAGUGAAACGGAAUCAAGUGAUUAUGCUCUUCAGGUUCGACAAACGUCAAGCAGCACAAGUAGCAGUGAUGGUGAGGAAUCAGAAUGUGGUGUAGCUUCUCGUACACAAUAUAAGUCUGGAUAUAAAAGACGUUUAAAAACUGGAUGUAGAAGUUGGUCCGCAAAUUUGUCAGCUAGAAGUAAUCAAGACAACCAACGAGAAUUUGAGGAAAGAGCAAUGAAGCAGAUAAUGUCGAUUGUGUCGAAAAAAACAGGCAUUGGAGUAGCAGAUCAGACAAAAGACUUCCAAACAUAUCAACAAGGUGGAAUUUAUAUAAAAUUAGAGAACGAAUGGAAAGAGGCACUAAAGCGUAAUGUCACUACCAAAGUAAUGAAGCAGAAAUAGGAACUUUUAAGGCACACUAGACUCACAAGCUAAUUUGUUUUAUAAUAAUAAUAAAAAAUAAAUGAAAUAAUAAGCACUAGA